AUGCGAAGCAUACAAUGUUUAGGGACCUAUUCUAAGUUUCCGCAAAUAAUAAAAUGUUUUAAAAAUGAAAAAAUAAAAACAGUAAAACAGUUUGUUAGCAAAAGCUCAUAUCUUAAUAGCCAAAAUGAAAUAACAGAACCGAAAUUAGAUCUAGACAGUAGUAGUGGCUGUAGUAGUGGCAGUAGUAGUGUGAACCUAUUUAAAGGCGAAUUAAUUUUAGAUAAAAAAUUAAAAAGCAAUAAAAUAUUUUCUACAUACACAAACAGUUACAUAAAUAAAGAAAGCGAACACAUUUUAAUUUUAUGUCUAAAAAAAAUAAAUGAAUAUGAAAAAAAUAAAGAAAAUAUAAAAAUAAGUGUUUUUAUUUAUGAAUUACAAAAUUUAAGUAAAUCUAAAAUAAGUUUUAAUGUUUUAAAAAAUAUCAAAACAAUUCAAAAUUUUUUUGAUCAUAUAAAUAAUAAUAUACACACAGCAUCACCAUCUUUAUUAUUGUCUGUUGCUAUAAGUUAUAAAAAUAUAAAAUUAAAUAAAUAUGUAUAUUUUAAAAAUAUAUUAAAAAACAUUUGUAAUCAUAUAAAGGUAUAUAAAAAUAAUAAAUUAACAAAAUUAUUAAAAAAUGAAGAUAAUGAUCAAAAUAAUAAAGACGAUUAUAAAUAUACUAUACAAUUAUUAAAUAAAAAAAAAAAAAAUCACAAAAUUAAUAUGUUAAAUGUAUACACAAACCAUUUAAAUAAUAGUGCUUUGUCUUAUAUAUUACAUUCAUAUUCUUCUUUAUUUAAUAUAUCAAAUUAUUAUUUACUAUAUAUAUGUAAAUAUAUACUACUAAAUGUUGGUAACUUGAAUUAUUUAGAUAUGCUUUCUCUUUUAUAUUUUAUAAACAAGUCUAAUAUAAAAAUUACCAAAUCCGAUAUAUUAUUUUGCAUAGCCAAUACUAGCCAGACUAAAAACGGGGGCGGUAAAAACGAAGGCGGUAAAAAUAACACUAAAUUGGAUAAUAACAUUAUAACACAAAAUGAAAAAAUUAUUAUACAAAAUGCAACACAAUUAAAUAAAUCAAAUAUAAAAUAUAAUGAAUACAAAAACACAUACAUAAAAAUUUUAAGGACAAUUAUUCAUUUAAUAAAUAAAAAAACAAUAUUUAAUGAAAAUACAAAUAUAUUAAUAUUAAUAUUGUAUUAUUAUUUUAAAAUGAAUUUAAUACCUAUACAAAUAUUUUACAAAUUACAUUAUAGAAUUAAAAAAAAUAUUAAAAAUGUAGACAUCAAAUAUAUAUCUUUAUAUCUCUACAUUUUAAGUAACAUUAAAUUUAAUCUUGGUUUUUAUAAAUUUAUUUAUAAAUAUUUAACCGACGUUUUCACAAACAGAACUAAAGAAUUUAACAUUUUAUCUCUUUCUCUUUCCUUUUAUUCUCUCUCAAAAAAUGAGUACUAUGAUGACAAGUUCGUUAAUUCUUGUCUUACCUUGUUUAAAAGACACGCUGAAAGUUUAAAUGAUGUUAAUAUCACAAAUAUUGUGUACACACUAGGGAAGUUAAAAAAAAAAGAUGAUAAAUUCUUUGAUAUAAUAUGCGAAAUUUUAACUCGAAGAAUUGAAAAUAUAUCCGCACUAAAUUUAAGUUUGAUUGUUCAUAAUUUAUCAAAACUUCAUUACCAAAAUGAUAAGUUUUAUAAAAUGUGUGUUAAUAAAGGAAAAGAAUUGUUAUGUGGUUUUACACCAAAACAGUUAAUCGUAUUUACCACAGGAUUAGUAAUCAAUAAUAUAUAUGACUUUGAUUUUAUGCAACUCUUUUUUAAUCAUAUUAUAUGUAUAGAUAGUGAUAGCGAAAAAAAUGGCGAAAAAAAUGACGAAAAAAAUGGCGAAAAAAAUGGCGAAAAAAAUGGCAAAAAAAAUGACAAAAAAAAUGACAAAAAAAAUAACAUGUUAAGUAUCAUAUGCUUUAGUACAGUGCUUGAAAGAGAAAAUUUUAUUAAACAAUUUCCACUAUCUAUAAAUACGUUUAUUUCUAAAAAUAUGAAUUUUAUUCAAUAUAAAGAAUACACAACUAUGCAUGAUGAAAUAUUGAAUAUAUUAAAUUAUUUAAAUGUAGAAAAUUUUGAAAUGUUAAAAGAAAAAAAACCUUAUAUGUUUGAUAUAUUUAUUAAAGGAGAUGGUAAAAAUAUAUAUAUCGAUAUAUUAUCACGAAAAAAAUAUUUAGCUUGUUCAGAAAAUUUAAAUGGAUUUAUGGAAUUAAAAAAAAGACAUAUGAAUUUAUUAAAUGGUAAAUAUUAUUAUUUUGACAAAGAUUCAUUUAUAUCAUUAGAUUCGAUUGAUAAAAAAACGAAUUUUAUAAAAAAUUUUUUACAAAAUAUUUGCUUUUACAAUUUCAUUGUUUUAAAUCAAGCCGAUGAACGAACAAAAAAAGACAUAACAAAUUUAAUAUAUUGUAAUCAAAAUGAAAACAAAAAAAAAUUAUAUAUGAACUUGUUAUAUGAAAAAAAACAAAAUUAUUCUAAAGAAAAUUCAAAUUAUUCACAAAAAUAUAACACUAGCAAUUUUAUUAAAAACAGAAAUUAUUUUUUAUUUCCAACUUAUUCGAAAAUUGAAAAUGUAGAAAAAAAUUUACAUAAAAAAAAAAAAAAUCAAAUAAAUUUUGGUGAACCGUUAAUAAAAAAACACCAAAUAUUUAUAGAUUAUGACCAAGGAAUAUUAUUAAAUCAAAGUAAAAUAAAUUUAAUAAAUAAAUCGGAUAAAGAUUUCCAAAAUAUUCAACACAAAGAUGGUAAUGGCAAUGGUAAUAAUUCACAUUCUUUAUUACAUAACGAAAAUAAUUUCUUAUUUUCAAAAAAGUUACAUGGAUUAACUAAAUUUGAGUUUGUUGAUAAAAAAUCAGGAAAAAUUGUUGUUAAAAAAAAUAAAAUAUUUUGA